GAGAUUGGGAGGAAAGACGCAAGGUUGGUGUUUGCAGCCGCACUUCGUUGUUUCCCCGCGACAUUUGUGCGUGAGUAACAGUCGCGGUCGGUAGGAAGGAAAGGACAUAUGACUUUUUCUCCGCUGUGAAGCUGGGCGACGAGGCUACAUGGUGUGUGCUCCCCGCUCAGAGUGUGGAUGUGCGGGUGUCCAGACAUGGAAAGCUACCAGGAGUUCUGUCUGCGGAGUUUGGCCAUGCUGCAGGAGGAGGGGGAGCUCAAGAAGAGGACAUGUGAGCCACUGUGGUCCCUGAAGGCUCGCUCAGUCAUAUGCUUCCAUGGAAGAGCUGUGCUUUCGCCUCUGUUGAAUGCAGAGCAGCGUAGUGAGAUGUGUGACCACAGACAGAGGGCGGUCCAGCUGGAGGUGAACAGGCAGAACCGGCAGAGGAACAAGCUUUUGGCAAAGGUUCAGGACAUACUGGACCAAGCUCAGGCACAUAAAGCGCCAAGUGAAGAGGUUGAAAACCUGCCAGCUUCUAAAUCUGCAACAGUCAGUGGCUACACCCUGGUCACUGACUCUCCUGGACUUCCCAGAGACCCUGGAUUUAGGCUUCAGACAAAUGAUCAGCCUGCCACGCCAUGCCCUGAGACCCCCACCCUCAAUGGGUUCAAGGGAGUGGAGGAAAUGAUGGUGGAGAGGGAAGAGAAGAGUGAGGAGGAAGAGGAGGAGGAGGAUAUUAGUUUGGACAGCCUUCUUAAGAGAUCAAGGGAGUAUGUCAAGAAAGAGCAGAAUCAGCAGGGGUCAAAAGUUGUCCACACAGUCACCAGGACUCCCCCGCCUGAGACUGCCUCUGACAAGGAGAGUAAGAGCUGCAGUCCAAUGAACUCAACGCCUGUGCCCCCCACAGGCGUUGAGUUUGGAUUCAGUCUGCACCAUAGCCCUAUUGGCCCACCUCAGACGCAAAUCCAGCAUCAAACUCUGUACGACCCCAGUCCCCAACAGCCUGGCUGCCUCUCACCUAGUCUACCUGACCGGUACGCUCGUCUUCCCAGUCCAGAGUCCAGCGUUAGUCCCCGCCCACCGAGACGCAGGCCACGCCCAGUGUCUACAGGGAACAUUCAUAUUUCGUUUCCCGUCGGCCCAGCAGACCUUAUUCCCCGAAGCCCGGGAAGGUCAGGGGAAGGUGCUGGAAUGGCUGAAUGGGUAGAAGCUCUCUCAGGGGCCACAAAGUCCUCCGAUCACUGGGGCUCAGUGGGGAGUGAAGGUGGGGCCAGUGUUCACAAGAGUGGCAGUCGUCGAUCCAGCCACUGUGGUACCAGUCCAGUGCAGGAAACCUGUAGCCCUGUUAGUGCUUCAGGGCCUAGCCCAAAGGGACACGACCAUCUGGCUGCAGGAUUUCGCCGGCGCUGCCACACCCUGGACAGCCAGUUGCAUAGCUACCACUCUGGAGUUGAGCACAUAGACCGCAGCCAGGAAAGGGUUCCUCGCUUCAUGGCAGGAGUUACAUGGAAGGCUCCAAGUUGGCGCACCCCUGCAGUGCCCUUAAACCAGUCGUAUGAGGUAGAAAAUCCCUCACCAUCUCUUUUGAGGCCACGCGUGACUCCUGACGUGGCUCAGGUCACAUUCAGGAUGGAGCAUGACGACCCUCAGGGGACAAACAGUGGAAGGAUCACACCGGCUGUUUUCAGAAAUGCAGCUGAGGCACAGACCAGCAAGACAGAAGAUACCCAGAGGCGAGCGCAGGCUCUGGAGGACAUGCAAAGGCGUCUGGAGGAGGAGCACGCCUUGCAGAUGUCUCUGCUCCUGGCCGAGCAGGAGAAAGAACAACAGCGCCUCCGCCUGGAGCUCGAGGAGACAGAGAGAAGACUGAAGGAGCAGGGCUGUGUCCGGCCUUUGAGCGGGGAUGCUUGUGGGUGGACUUGCAGGUCUGUGAGUGACAGCUGCCCUGUUGUGAGCCCCUCUUGCCCGGGACUAAGCCCUGCCCACACACCGUCUGAGCGAUCACCUGGACACAGUAUAGGUUUUCCCAGUCCUGUAAAUUCCAGUGUGUCCUCUCCCUCUGUCCAGCCUCCCGUCUAUCUGUGGGGGCCCACAUGGGUAGUUAGCAAACCUCAAGCAAGGCUAUGUCUGAUUCUGACAGCAGAGCAGCAGAGAGCGUUCUGUCGAAUAGGCGCCAUCAUUCGCGGAUUCCUCACACGCAGACUGCUCAAAACAGAGAAGGUCAAACACCUGCGCCAAACCAUCAGGGAUACACAGGAGUUCAUCCGUUCCUUCCAGACUGAAGCUCCACAGAAAAGAGGCACCUACUCAGCACAAGAUCGCUCCCUGCAGGAGAGAGUUAGAGCCCAGUUACGUGCAGCCCUUUAUGACAUCCAUGACAUCUUCUUUGAAAUGCCUCUGGGGGAUCGAUUGGCAUUGCUGCAGCAGGACAGGGAGCUCAGAGCAGAGAGGAAGCUACGAGACAUGGAGAAAGCAAAGUGCCCAAAGGAGAGAGUGGCUCUGUCUGCUGCCACACAGAGGUCUCUGGAUAGGAAAAAGAGGGUUGGUGAAUCCCCAGCACAGGCUCGAAAGAUGCAGCAGAAGCCAAAGAGCCCCACUACCAGCAGAGUCCUGAAGCCAAGCCAAGGCCAAAAUUCUCCUGUCCUAGGCCAACUGAACCGCCAGGGGAGCUGGUACAGAAGAACCCCAGAGGAGAGAGUGAGGCGCUCAGACAGCCUGAAGAAGCAGCACUCUCUGGGUUAACUGGUGACUCAUCAUCUCCUGAUGUGUCAACUUGAAUUUUCAGUCUUUGAACACAAACCUCGCACCACUGAGACUCCAGUCACAGCUGCUAAUAGUAAUAUGACUGUCUUUAAUGUACCUUCUGAAAUGUAAAUGAUUGUAUUCACUACCACGCUUAAGAUCACUGAUAUUCACCGUCACGAUGCCCUUGUUGUAGCUUAGUAAAAUAGUUUUUAGUAGCAGCAACUGAUUGUUAUACACAAAACUCACAUGUAGCUUGAUGUGGAGUAUUUAAUACAUCUUUUUGAUAGAAUCUACUGAAAUUAAAGUAAAACUAGGAGGCCAGAGGGAGGGAGAUGAGUCCAAAUGUUUAUCUGUGCCUAGUAGCCACGCCUUUGCUAUCUGUCAUAUCUUAGCAUGCAUACAGUAUAGUUACCAUUUGAGUUCAUAAACAUCUAGUGCUUUUAAAUGUGAGUGAAUUUCCAAACAUCUAUUUAAUGCUGGCAGUCACAUAAUGUAGUUGCCAUUAAAAAUAGAGUAUUUAUGUGUGUAUAAUUCAAGGUUUUUUUUCAAGGGCUUUGAGUACCUGUUUGUGCUUUAGUUCUUAAUUAAAUGGUGCUGAGUUUACAGUGCUCUGAGACAUGUCAGCAUGUUUCAACAUUUGGCUUAAAUUGAUGCCAAAUGGGAAAAAAAAGGAAAUGUAAUUGUUUACUGACCACACUACGACACUACACUAGCAGGCUGUUACAUCACGGUAGCUUCACAUAACAGCAGAUGCACAGCAGACCCUCAGUGUGGAGUUUCCUCUGAAAGAAUAUUUAUGUGAAUAUCUUAUCUAACCACUUGUUCACUGCAAUACCGCAUUGACUUUAUACUUCUGCAUUAGUCGUAUUCAGUGUGUGCUGACAUCACUAUGCUCUUUUAAAAAAAAUGUUUUUUUAAUUAUUUAAAAUGCCAAAUUGUUUGUUUUCUAUGACCAGAAUAAAUUCUGAAAUUA